AUGUCAGGAAUUUUAGCUUAUGGCUUUAGUCGGAUGCACGGCCUCCAUGGUCAUGCAGGCUGGAGAUGGAUCUUUAUUAUGCAGGGAGUUUUAUCAUUCACCGUUGGCCUCCUGUGCUGGAUCUUUGUCGUCGACUUCCCUGACAAAGCACAUAAAGCGUGGGGAUUCCUCAACGAAAGGGAAUGCGCAUUCAUUUUAAGGCGCCUUGACAGAGACCGCGGCGACGCAAGUCCAGAACCGUUCAGCCUCGACAAGUUUCUGCGCCCCGCUCUAGAUCUAAAGAUAUGGGGCUUUGCUUUAAUUUUCUUUUGUCUAACAACGGUUGCCUACGCCAUUGCAUACUUUCUCCCCAUCAUUCUCAAUGAGAACAUGCACUUCAGCCUUGCUGCAUCUCAAUGCUUGAAUGCACCCCCUUAUGCUUUUGCAGGUAUGCUAAUGGUAAUAACGUCAUGGGCUGGGGAUAAGUAUCGCGUUCGAGCUCCUAUUCUUGUCCUGAACUGCAUUAUCACGUUGGUGGGCUUGUCUCUUAUGGGCUUUGCCACCAGCUCGGGAGUCCGGUAUUCGGAAUCUUCCUCGCCACUGCCGGAGCAAAUGCUGGGAUUCCCGCCUCGAUGGCUUACCAGGCUAACAAUAUCCGGGGACAAUGGACAAGAGCUUUUGCCAGCGCAACCCUCGUCAGCUUUGGAGGUAUCGGGGGUAUUACAGGGAGCUUGGUGUUUCGUUCACAAGAUGCUCCGAACUAUAUACCGGGUAUCUGGGCGACGAUUGCGUGAGUUCCAUCACCUACAUCAUAUUCUGCAUAUUGGUGCAAUUGUGGCAUGUCUAAUAGCGAUUCACGGCUAG